AUGGUCUACUCGGUCGCCAUCUUGACCGUCUCUGAUACGGCCGCAUCACAGCCGCAAACGGACCGAUCUGGCCCCAUCCUCGUCGACGCCUUCGGCUCGCACGCCUCAGGCGAUCUCGCCGUCAAGCACACCGCCAUCGUGGCCGACGACGAGGAGCUCAUCCGCCAGACCGUACAGCAGUGGAUCGACCACGACACUGUCCACCUCGUCGUCACCACGGGCGGAACGGGCUUCGGCCUGCGAGACCGCACCCCCGAAGCCCUCGCACCCCUCAUAUCCCGACCGACGCCUGCCCUCACCCACGCCAUCACCGCCCACUCGCUGCAAAAGACACCCCUCGCCGCCCUCUCGCGCUCCGUGACCGGCAUACGCAGGUCGUCCAACCAGGCUACCGACCACGAGAGCCUCAUCGUGGUUCUGCCCGGUAGCCCCAAGGCGGUCAUGGAAUGCCUCGAGGUGCUGCUGGGCUGCCAGGAACAGGGAAAAGAGAGACAGGGCGUGCUCCUACACGCCCUCGAGCUCCUCUCGGGCCACUCGGGCCAGAAGCAGCACCAGCAGAUGCAGGGCGCCAUGUCCAGGGACGCCACAGCCUCGAUAGCCGUAUCGACUGGCACCGACACGGGCCACGCCAGAUCGCACCACCACCAUCAUCAUCUUCACCGCCACGGUCACCAUCACGGCCACGACCAUGGCCACGACCACGUCCGCAGCAAAGGCCUGCACAGCCACUCGAUGCCCGUCCCUCGAACCAAACCCGAGGAUCACCUGGGCCCCUUCCCGUUCAAGACCCAGGACCCGUCCUCGGGACCUUCGCUGCGCCAUCGUCAGUCGCCUUACCCGAUCCUUCCACUCGACGAGGCGCUCCGACUCAUCGCCGACAACACGCCCCAUCCCGCCGACCUGUCCGGAGCGCGGACGGCCACCCGCGCCGUCAGCGUCGAGCUGAUCGGAUCUGUGCUAGCCGAGGACAUUACAGCGCCUCGCGAUCUGCCGCCGGGACCGACGACCAACGUCGAUGGCUACGCUGUGCGGGCCGCGAGCACGCCCGCCGGAGACUACCGGGUGGUGACGCUCCGCACCCUGACGGCGCGCGACGACGGCGCUCUGCUGCCCGGAGAGAUUUUCCGCAUCAACACGGGACAGGGUCUGCCGGCGGGCACGGACGCCGUCGUCAUGGUCGAGGACACUGAGCUGCUCGACGUCUACCCGGACGACGACGAGGCGAUGAAGGGCGAGGAGAAGCUGGUGCGCGUCCUCGCGCAGGUCGAGUCCGGCGAGAAUGUGCGGCAGAAGGCGAGCGACGUGAAGCAGGGCGAAGUGGUGCUGCGCAAGGGUACGACGCUGAGCGCACUGGGCGGCGAGAUCGGCACGCUGGCGUUCCUGGGGCGGUCCGAGGUGCGCGUGUUUGCCAAGCCGCGCGUGGCCAUCCUGAGCACGGGCAACGAGCUGGCCGACGUGGGUCAGGUGCCGCUGGACGCUGGCAAGGCGGGCGCGCAGCAAGAGUCGUGGGGCUUCACCGUGUUUGACGCCAAUCGGCCGGGCCUCAAGGCCGCGGUCACGGGCAUGGGCUUCGAAUGUGUCGACCUCGGCAUCGUGGGCGACGACGUUGGCGAAACGCUCUCGGCGCUCCGACGGGGACUGGAGAGCGCCGACGUGGUCAUCACGACGGGCGGUACGUCGAUGGGGGAGAGCGACCUGCUCAAGCCGCUGAUUGAGCGACACCUCGGCGGGCAGAUCCACUUUGGCCGCGUGGCCAUGAAGCCGGGCAAGCCAACGACAUUCGCCACGAUCCCCCCCGUCCCCACACCGAACGACGAAACGACGAGGGGGCAGGGAGUAUCGAAACAGAUUUUCGCACUACCCGGCAACCCGGCAUCGGCACUGGUGUGCUUCUACGUCUUUGUCGUACCGUCGCUGCGCAAACUGUGCGGAUACCCUCCAUCACCUUCCUCCUCGGUCCCCUCAUCGUCGUCGUCGGUGGCGGGAAACAAGGAAGAGGUAGCCAACGGAUGGAAUCUUCCCCGGAUCCAAGUCAAAACAACGAGCGAGAUGAAGUUGGAUCCGCGGCCCGAAUUCCAUCGGUGUACCGUCUCGGUGCGGGCGGAUGGAGAGGUCCUGGCGUCCAGUACGGGAAGUCAACGCAGCUCCCCCGCUCCCGCCCCCAUUUAUCCAUCCGCGUAA